CACUCUAGCAGUGGUUUGAUGGCGCUGUACGUAUCUCCAGUGAAGGACGCUCACAGGACGUUUCGGUCGGGGAUGCAAGCGUCACCUGUGCAUUUCACGUGUUGUACUUCGCCUCAGUGAAUACGGCGAGAGGAAAGUUUUGUCACGACAUAAUUUACAAAAAAAAAAAAAAAAAACACUUGCCAGGGAAAGGAGAUUAAGUAAACAACUCAGUUUACGCGUUCGUUCAUGGAGCUAUGGGUGCAAGCAGAACGAAUUCGGGCACGGUUAUGGGCUACAAUUGGACGAAUUUUUAAAUGGCAUUGUUCGCUCCUUAAUAGAAAGUCGCUCCCUUUUCUAUCAUGGACGGUCUCCGGAAUGUGUAAUACGUUCGUGUUAUUUCCGUGCCAGCAGAAUCCGCGCACCUGGGAACACGCAUUGUAAUAUCCUUUCUAAACACAUGGUUACAUGACUGCAAGCUCCAAAAUUUCACGUCACUGGAAGCAUCUUAGCUGUUUGGAAACUACUUUUGUUCACUUUAUUAACUAUCUGAGAGAGAUAUCAACGGUCAAAAUCGACGGGGUGGAAUCACCAGAAAAGAGCAAUGAUGUCCUCCAAAGAUAAUGCUUGUCGGAAGUUUCAAGCGAAUAUUUUUAACAAAAGUAAAUGUCAGAAUUGUUUUAAACCCAGAGAGUCGCAUUUAUUGAACGCCGAAGAUUUAAGCCAGGCUAAACCCAUAUAUGGAGGCUGGCUGCUUCUGGCUCCAGAGGGAACCAACUUUGACAAUCCAGGACACAGAUCUCGGAAGUGGCAGAGACGGUUCUUCAUCCUGUAUGAGCAUGGGUUACUGCGCUAUGCCCUGGACGAGAUGCCCAGCACUCUGCCCCAGGGCACCAUCAACAUGAGCCGCUGCUCGGCCGUGCUGGACGCCGAGCCUCAGACCGGCCACAGCCACGCCCUGUGCAUCCGCACCCCCGACACACAGCACUUCAUUCGCGCAGAGAGCAAGGAGGCCAUCCACGGGUGGCAGGAGAGUCUGGAGGGGUUCAUCAGGACCAACAAGCACAACCAGAAGAAGAAGAAACGCAAGGACGUCCCGCAGGAGACCGGUCGGGCCAAAGGGACGGUGAUGAUCAGUAACGGCGGUGAGGCCGGCGGAACCCAGCCCAGAGACGCCCCCUGCAGUCGCCCGGCGGGAUGGCAGGAGCAGCGCGGCCGGACAGCUGUCCCCUGCAGCCACAGCGCCCCCUCUCUGCACCAGCCAGAGUGCGGCCCGCUGCUCCAAAGCUCCUCCUCUUCAGGGUCACUCAGAGACCACUCUAAACAGGGCUCCCUGAAUGGAAGCAGAAAGGAGCGUGCUGAAAGCGGGUACUUCUCCCUGGAGAAGCCCAAACCGGACUCUCAACCUCCCCAGCGCCCCCGCCACCUACCCCUGUCCUCCCCCAGCGGCCCCGAGGGGCCCCACAGGUACCCCUCCUCUGACCCGGACCCCCUCACUUCCCCUCUCCCCCCGGACUCCCUCCGCUCCAACGGCACCUCCACCUUCAGCGCCUCCCUCACCUCCCUGGACUCCGACCUCAGCCCCGCCACGCCCAAAAGCCCGACCGCGCCCACCAUCGUGACCACGCCCCCCAGCUGCGAAGACGAGGAGGAGGAGGACGAGGGCAGGGUCUGGGGCGGCGGCUGCGGCGGGCAGCGGGCGGGGCGGGGCGGCCGCCGCCCCCCCGUGAGCUACGCCUCGCUGGCGGACGUGCCCAAAGCCAAGCGCCUGACCCAGCGGCUGGCACUCAGCGCCCACAGGAAGAGGCUGGAGCAGCGGGCACGCAGCCCGGGCAGGGAGGAGGUGGCACGUCUGUUCGGCCUGGAGCGCAGGAGGCCCCAGGUGAUAGAGAAGUUUGAGAUGCUGGAGGGAGACGGCGUGGAGCACGUGGAGACCAGCUGCGCCUCCUCCUCCUCAGGACCUCCCUCCUCCUCCUGCUCCUCCAACAGCGCCUCCCGCCAGGGCCGGAUCGAGAGACGCCACGUCGCCAAGAACCAGAUGAUGUCAUUAGAUGCCUCUACGGAACGUUCCAUGCCUGAUGUCUCCAGGUCUUCUCUGUUCAGCAGCCGCCGCGCGAAAUCCCUGGACCGGAAGGCCCCAGAAUCCUCUGUGACGCCCGACCUGUUGAAUUUUAAGAAAGGAUGGAUGACCAAACCGCACGAAGAUGGAACUUGGAGGAAGCACUGGUUCGUUCUCACCGACCAGAGCCUGCGCUUCUUCAGGGACUCCAUCGCCGAGGAGGCUGCUGAUUUGGACGGCGAGAUAGACCUGUCCACUUGUUAUGAUGUCACCGAGUUCCCGGUGCCGAGGAAUUAUGGGUUCCAAGUCCACACGAAGGAGGGCCCGUUCACCCUCUGCGCCAUGACCUCCGGGAUCCGCCGCAGCUGGAUGCAGGCCCUCCGGCAGAGCGCGCGCCCCGCGGCCGCCCCCGACGUCACCCGUCCUUCGCCUUUCUUCCGCGUGGCUCGCGGGAGGAGCGCCUCUUUGAAACUGUCCGUUCUGAAACCCAGCACCCUCCCCGGGGAAAAGGCCGAUGUCGGGGCCGCGUUGGGAUUCUGCCCCCCGCCCCUCCCGGAGGUCCGUCCCGGCGCGGAGAGCCCUGCGACUGGGGGAACCGUCCCGUCAGGGAGCGGCUGUGGCUCGGAACCGCGGAAGAGAAUCUGGAACCGGCGGCACGGAGGGUGCCGUAACGCCUUAGACUGGGCGGAAAUAUACCCCGGGCUGGCCCAGGAGAACUGCACAGCGCCACCCGGUGGACAUCCGAAGGGAAGCACUGACGCUGUGGAUGGCGGCUCCACAGCCUCCCCUGACUCCUCCUCCUCCUGUCCGGCAUUCCCGGGCUCCUCUUUGCCCGUGGCGGAGGAGGCGCGGGAGGGGGAGCGGGGACGGCGACGCAGUGAGGGAAGACCUUGCUUCCAGGUGGCGUCAGCACCCACGACUCCCGCUUUCACCCGGCCAAUCGCGGCACCCGCUUCCCGGGUGGGCGGGGACGGGCAGGAGGUGGGGCAGUUGCCGGGCGACGUUCCCGACGUGCGGGUGGAGAUCGAGCAGCAGUGGCUGCAGGUGGAGACCACGCCCCUCCGCGAGGAGAAGCAGAUCCCCAUCUCCGGCGCCCUCCCCUCGGACCCUCCCCCUGAGAGACCCCCCCUUCAGACAGCUCCACUGGGCAGCCAGCUGGAGCAGGUGCAGCUGGAGCUGUCCAGACUGCAGGAGCACAACGGCCUCCUGCAAGAGCAGCUGCGGGAGGGCCAGUCACGUGGGCGGAGCGACAGGGAGGGCUAUGUGCUGCAGAGCGGCUUUCCACUGUGUUCCUCGGGGUGUGCGGACUCCUGCCGGCAGCUGAACCGGCUGAAGCAGGACCAGCAGCUGCAGCCGGAGGGGCGGCAACAGGACCCCUCUGCCCAGCAGGCGCAGGUCCUGGAGCCCACCGUCAGCGAGGCGGAGAUCCAGGCCCUGCGGGCCCAGCUGACCGACACGGCCGCUGAGCUCCUCGCUAGGGAGAGAGCAGUGUCCGAGGCACUCGGGGAGACGGCGCUGGAGCGCGAGCGGUUCCAGGACCAGAGGGAGGAGUGGGCGCACAGCGAGCGAACCCUUCGGGUCCAGCUCCGGGACACCGAGGACCGGCUGAGGGACGUGGAGGCCUGCCUUCUGGAGAAGAGCCAGGCCCUGCGGGACCUGGAGCGGCAGCAGGCCCUGCAGCAGGACUACGGGAAGGAGGUGCAGAACCUCCAGGAGAGCCUGUCGGAGGUCACAGCUAGACUGGUCGCCGCACAGGAGACCCAGGCCCUGAAGGAGGAGAGUCUCGAGACGAGCCGGGACCUCCCACACGAGAGCUGGGAUAAGGAGAGGCAGUGCCUGAUGGAGCGGCUUGCGGAGGUUGAGGCGAGGAGACACGAGCUGGAGGACCAGCUGCGGACGGCAGAGCUGCAGGGAGAGCGCGGUGACCUGGUGCAUCGGCUGGAGGAGCAGCUCGCCACUAAGACGGAUGCCAUACAGGACCUGACGGAAAUGACCAGGCGGCUGACGGACGAGAAGGACCAGCUGACCUGCCGCUGCCAGGAGCUUCUCAACCAGAUCACCGAGGCGGACAACGAGGUGAGUAAACUUCAGUCCCGCCUCGCGGUGGAAGAGACUGACUACUGCAGCCUGGACCGCUCUUACCACAAGCUCUACGAGGAGUUCCAGAGGAUCAGCCAGGUCCUCUGGGAGAAGGAAGAGGAGAUACAGGAGGUCAAGGAGAUUUAUGAGAGGCAGGCGGAGAUGAAAGAGAAGGACCUCAACGAGGCCCUGGUGAAAUUGGCUGCCUUGGAAUGCCGUCUGGAGGAGACCCAGCUCAAGCUGCAGGCGAAAGAAGAAGCCGUCUGCAGGGUUAGUCAGGGGAGCAUGGAGCCAUGCGCUGCGGAGAGGGACCUGGGGGGUGAACUAACGGCUGCGGAGAACCGCAUCGCUGAGCUGGAGCAGGAGCUGAGCAGCAUGCGGCUGGCUUACACCGCCCUUCAGAGGGACUGUAGUACAGUACAGGGAGACCCUUAUGUCCAGGAGAGCUCAAGCAAACAGGAUAAGUUGACUGAUGCCAUCCACCCAGAAGACAUCGGAAAAAUCAACAACCCCUCACUGAUAGACCACGAUCCUUCAGAAGAGAAUGGUUCCUCAGACACAUUGCUGGAGUCUGUUGCCUCUGCUGGUGGUGCCAUGGACACGGAGAAGUUCAUCGGCAUUAUCAACACACUGGAGAACAAACUGUACUCCUCAGAGGAGAAGCUAAAGGACAUCACUCUGAAGCUGGAGGAGCAGGAGGGCCUCAAAACGGAGGCCGUGAAGGAGCAGCGCACCCAGUGGGCCGAGCUCGAGGCAGAGCUGUGCUUGACACUCAGCGAGUGCAUGUCCAGAGAGUGCCGGCUCUACGCCCAGCUCCAGGACGAUUUGGACGAGAGGCGCACUUUCGGCAAGGAAGCCGACUGCCGUGUUAGUGCGGAAAAUGGUGCAUGUGCAAAGGCUUUAGCCUGCCUGGAGCUCAGUAGGGAGAAGGUCCAGUCCAUACUGAGAGGUCGCCAGGAAGGUUGUGCCGAAACGCAGAGUCACACGCUGUCAGAAAUCGAGGCCGAGUUAUGCAACGCCACUCUUCACAUUAGGCGAGGAGGGAACGGUCUGGAGGAACAGAAGCUGGAUCAUCAAGGAACUCGGAAUCUGGGAAUGAAGGAAAACAAGGUAUCAGGACUGGACAGAAUAGAACUGUCUGCCCAUAUGCUAGAAUUUGAGGCUCUUGUUUUGAAAAAGAUGGCUUUAUCAGUGCGGAAUCCGAUCAGCGACCUUUUGCAGGGCCUCAGAGAGAUCCACCAAGAAGCAGAGAACUUGAAAAGAGGUAAUGAGAGUUAUGUGGCUAUCAUAUAUGCAGAUGUUGUGGCUAGGAAGUUGAUGGUAGAAUGUGAGUUUUGGGCCGAGGUGGAUAAGCUGGAGGUUCAGACUGAAGAGCCUGAAGAUUGGCUCCAGAGUGUAAGAGACUCCGCUGAAGAAAAUUCUGAUGUCACAAGCAGCAACUGUGUCCAAACUGACUUGGCAAACUCAAUACAGAAUCUUAAGUCUUUUUACGACGAGAAGUUUCGAAAGCUACAGAGCGAGCUGCUGGAAGCGCAUGCAAAUUUAAAGCGCAGGGAAGUCGCACUGAAAGAGGUGGUCAGCGCCUCGAAACGGGCAGGCUUUGGCAGGCUAGGUCAGGGGCUCAGUGACGAGAUUGACCGUAGUCAGGGAACAACGCUGGCUGACAUCAGUCCUCCCGAACUCGCCCCCUAUUUAGAGCAGAUCACGAUGGAGGAGGCCCGUGACUUGGCAGAGGAGAUUGUCAGUCAGCAUCUUCAGAGAGAUGUGCUCAUCUGCCACGUCGAAGCCGUAGAUUCCCCACGCGUUGGUCAAGAGAGACUAGCCACUGAGCUGCAGUUACAAGCAGAGGUCCUCCAGCGUCUCUCUCGUGAGUUAGAGGCCACCUACGAGACUGAAAUGGGUAGUGUCCGUCCCUGUUUGAUCAAUGUUUUACACAAUAAGCACUACAAGCCUGCUGGUAAUGUCGCUAGCAGCACUCUGUCCAUGCAAGAGACCACAAUUCCCUUUGUAGCAUGCAAACCAAGUAUGGGACAGGAGAGGGACAUGAAGCAGUGUAACGGAGCCCGUCAGAGCACGGGUGGACCAUGUCAGGAGUACGACCCCAGCAUAGGCGCCGCCCAUGAGGGGUGCAUCACCUCUCUUCAGGAGGAGUGCCAGAGCCUCACCCAGGCAUUGGCCGGCCUCCGAGAGGAGAACCACGCCCUGAGGCAGGAGGUGUCCCACUACGCCGGCGAGCUCUCCCAGCGGCGGGAGCAGACGGAGCGGAUGGAGGAGCGUUUCCAGGCGGAGGCGGAGGAGCUGAAAGCUCUGUACGAGAUGGAGAUUGGCGAGGCCGAGCAGAGGAUGACGGCCAACGAGCUGAGCCUGAUGGAGAAGAUGGCCGACUGCCAGCAGAAGCUGGAGGUGCUCCUCCUGGACAUCGAGGGAAUGGAGGACCGCCAUGAGGAGCACGUGCGGAAGCUGGAGGCCCAGUCCCAGGGGAGGAUGGAGGAGCUGCACUGGGCCCACCGGGAGGAAGUGGAACGGAUGCAGUCCCAGCACACGCAGAGCCUCCGUACCUUGCUGGACGCCCUGGACAGGCUGCAGGCCAAGCACCCCGAGGACUCGCCCCUCCCCGAGCUGGCCGUGCCCCCUCUUGACCAGGCCAUGCUCCCUCAUGACCAGGCCCCAUCCCACCAUGACCAGGCCCCAUCCCCCCAUGACCAGGUCCCGUCCCCCCAUGACCAGGCCCCGUCCCCCCAUGACCAGGCCCCGCCAAUCCACGACCAGGCCCCGCCCACAGAGGGCCAGGCUGGGGAAACUGGCACGGUGGAGCUGGACUCCACGACAGUGCUGAGGCAGAGGAUCCAGGAGCUGGAGAUGCAGGUGAACUCCAUGCAGGACCAGCUGGGGAAUAAGACCCCGGGGGAGGACGUGUCCAGCCUGAAGGAGAAAUACCAGAAAGACCUGGAAAAUUUGAAGGCUACCUGUGAGCGAGGGUUCACAGAGAUGGAGGAGACGCACCUGAAAGUGAUUGAGGAGAUCCAGCGACAGCACCAGAGGGAGGUGGCCCACCUCCGGGAAGAGCGGGAGCGGCUGCUGGCUGAGGAGACGGCCGCCACCAUCUCCGCACUGGAAUCCAUGAAGAAUGCCCAUCGGAAAGAGCUGGAGAAAACGCAGCGCUCCCAGCUCAACGGAGCCAAUGCCGACGUCCAGGCACUGACGCAGCAGUACCGGGAGGAGCUGCAGUCCGUUCAGCGGGAGCUGGAGGUCCUGUCGGAGCAGUACUCCCAGAAGUGCCUGGAGAACGCGCACCUGGCCCAGGCGCUGGAGUCUGAGAGGCAGGCGCUGUCCCAGUGCCAGCGGGAGAACCAGGAGCUCAGCGUGCACAUUCAGGAGCUGAAUGAGCGCCUGACAGUGGAGAUCACUCGUAUGCGGUCCUGCCUCAGUGGGGAGGGGUCCCCAGCCCAAGCGCAGGGCAAGGACCUGUAUGAACUUGAGGUCCUCCUGAGGGUGAAGGACUCAGAAAUCCAGUAUCUCAAGCAGGAAGUCCACUCGCUGAAAGAUGAGCUGCAGUCUGUGCUGAAGGAUAAGAAGUACGUAUCGGACAAGUACAAGGACAUCUACACCGAGCUGAGUGUCGUCAAGGCCAAGGCGGACUGUGACGUCAGCAAGCUGAAGCAGCAACUGAGGGUGGCCGCAGAGGCCCUGGGAGAGAGGGUGGCUGAGGCUCCGCCCACUGCGCCAGCGUACGACAUCCUGAAAUCUAAAAGCAGUCCAGACUUUCUGAAGAAGGAAUAUUCAGGCUUCAGCAGACAGAUCGGAGGGGUCAGGUCAAAGGGGUCAGACGUUGAGCGGGUAUCAUUGGACAGCUGACUGGCCCCCCAGGGUGUGGGGACGUGAGUCUCCCUGAGGUGCAGAUACUGACCCAUCUCUCUGUGUCCCAGAGACUGAAGGGGAGAAGCCCGUAGGUGCAGGAACGCACCGAGCUGUUUGACUCACUCCACCCCCUCCAGGAUGAUGUGUGCGCCUCUUCAUCUCCCCAGCGUGAGGCGCUGUUGGUGACUCAGUAACGCGCAGACCCUCCUGCGGCGGGUGUCUGUAAUCGCUGUGGGUAACGUGUGCACAGCAGUAGAGUGGCUCGUGGGGGGGGGGGGGGCUACCCUUGUGUGCCAGACCGCUAGCCCCUUCCAGACUGAGAGGGGUGACUCGAAUCCUGUCGAAUCCUGAGCUCGAGGGACCUGGGGGGACCACAGAAGCCAAAGCGAAAGCUCUGUCUUCAUGCUGACCCCGCUGUCCGUGGAAAGAUAAGAACACCGCGUCGUCUCCUCCUUCUACGUUUUCAAAUGUAUGCUUUCUGUUUAUCAAACCUUCUCAAACUGGAACAAACGAGGGAAGAAGACUGCUGACAAAUGACACUGGCGCCAAUUUACAGUUAAAGCCAAUCAUCGCCCGGCAGGACAGCUUUUGUGUUCGUGGAAGACCGUGCACAGGAAGCGUUUCUGCGUUUUGGCUGCCUACUGGUGAAGGUUUACAGCGUGUCACUGCGUAGUCUUUGGCUGUGUCACCAUGGGCACUUUUAUAUUGUUAUUCACUGUUUCACCUUGAUUAGUCUGUGCUAGUAGAUACCCUUAAAAACACGAGAGGAUCCUUUUGUUGCUUCUGUCCAGGAGACAAAGCAGCAUCAGAUAGAAUAAUAAAUAUUUAAAUAAUAUACUCUGAGCUCAGUUGGAGUGUAAGCACAAGCAAAACACAACUAUUGCUGGUGUAUUGUAGUAAUAUAGAUGUAGCUAGCAUCAGACUCGAUCCUUUUUCUUUCACCAAAACGUAACCAAAAUGUAAAUAUUUAACCAAGGAGAUCCUCAUAGAUCAGUUUUUUUUCCAACUGAAAUCCUAUCUGAGCUAUUUUUUAAAGAUGUGUAACAUGGCUUUUGUAUUUAAGGCUUCAGUUUUGCUUCUUGUGUACACAACAAAUACUGUGAAUUGUUAGAAGGGAAGAAUCCAAUUAGCAUCGAUAGCGGUGUUUUGAUCUUCCCCUUUUUUUAGAUGAACACUAAUGUUGCUCAUCUUCAUGAUUGCCAAACGUGGAUCUGUUAGGACACCGUAAUCUAGAAGCACAUAUGACAGCACAUGCUCAACUAAAGAAAUGAGUGCAAAUCUAGUUUGCAGUCGAUUGAAAAUGGCUUUGACCAACUGCCCCUCCCACGUAUGACAUCAUACUGUGCCCCUCCCACAUAUGACAUCACACUGUGCUCCAGUUUCUCCUCGUGUGCUUCUUCCAGUGUCCGUCAGAAAGGAGUUUGAGUGGCAGUGCCAUUCCUUGCCAGGCUGACCUCAUUGUUUUCUCGUCCUCAGCCCUUCUCACUUGACUCACUUGUUGCUUCCAGACUAUUCCGUCUCUUCCUCAUUGGAAAAAAAAAAAAUCAAACUCUAAGUUAAGUCUUGCAUCAAAGUACACUGUUCAGUAUUCAGAGCAUAACUUGUACAUAAUUGUUUGCCAGAAUUUAUUUGUGUUUUUUUAAUUUCAGUUUUCGCACUGUACAUAUGAAUGGUGGUUUGAAUGUAAAACCUUAUAAAUAAAUGUGGCUUUUUUUGAACAUAACACAA